CCCAGAUCAAAACUCCAACAUGAAUUAAAACCCCUCGAAUUUCCAACAUGGCCCUUUUGGUCCCCAGCAAAUCGUUGUAAGAAGAAAAUACCUCCAUGGCUUUGUGUGAAACCCUCCUGGCUGUGAAAUUCCUGCUGCCAACAGCUGCCCUUCCUCCCUGUGCAGGUUUUGAGCUCAUCAAGUGCGAGGACCCCGGCGUGCCCCAGUUUGGGUACAAGGUGCACGACGAGGGACACUUUGCUGGCAGCUCGGUGUCCUUCAGCUGUGACCCUGGCUACACCCUGAGAGGCACCAGGGUGCUGGUGUGCCUGACAGGGGAGAGGAGAGCCUGGGACCAGCCCCUGCCGACCUGUGUGGCUGAGUGUGGAGGGACAAUCAGAGGAGAGACCUCGGGACGGAUCCUUUCUCCAGGAUAUCCAACUCCCUACGACCACAACCUCAACUGCAUCUGGACCAUCGAGGCAGAGCCUGGAUGCACCAUUGGGCUCCAUUUCAUGGUUUUCCACACCGAGGAGUUCCACGACGUGCUGCGGAUCUGGGACGGGCCGGUGGAGAACGGGAUCCUGCUGAAGGAGAUGAGCGGCUCGGGGCUGCCUGGGGACAUCCACAGCACCUUCAACUCUGUCAUCCUGCAGUUCAACACCGACUUCUUCACCAGCAAACAGGGCUUUGCCAUCCAGUUCUCAGUGUCCACAGCCACCUCCUGCAACGACCCAGGAAUCCCCCAGAACGGGAGCCGGAGCGGGGACAGCAGGGAGGCCGGGGACUCCAUCACCUUCCAGUGCAACCCCGGCUACACCCUGCAAGGGGAGGCCCAGAUCACCUGUGUGCAGAUCCAGAACAGGUUCUUCUGGCAGCCAGACCCACCCACCUGCACAGCUCCGUGCGGCGGGAUCCUGACGGGCCCGGCUGGGGUGAUCCUGUCCCCGCAGUACCCGGAGCCUUAUCCCCCAGGGAAGGAGUGUGACUGGAAGCUGACAGUGUCCCCUGACUAUGUCAUUGCCCUGGUGUUCAACGUCUUCAGCCUGGAGCCUGGCUAUGAUUUCCUGCACAUCUACGACGGGCCUGACUCCCUGAGCCCCCUGAUUGGGAGUUUUUAUGGCUCCCAGCUCCCAGAGAGGAUCGAGAGCAGCAGCAACAGCCUUUUCCUGGCCUUCCGGAGCGACGCCUCCGUCAGCAACGCCGGCUUCGUCAUCGAGUACACAGAGAACCCCCGGGAGUCCUGCUUUGACCCAGGGUCCAUCAAGAAUGGCACCAGGGUGGGCACAGACCUGAAGCUGGGCUCCACCAUCACCUUCUACUGUGAUGGGGGCUACGACAUUGAGGGGGGCCCCACCCUCACCUGUGUCAUGGGAGGGGAUGGGAAACCCACCUGGAACAAGCCACGCCCCACCUGUACAGCUCCCUGUGGAGGGCAGUACACAGGCUCGGAUGGAGUCGUCCUGUCCCCAAAUUAUCCCCAAAACUACACCAGUGGCCAGGUGUGCCUGUACUCCAUCGUCGUGCCCAAGGACUAUGUGCUCUUCGGGCAGUUUGCCUUUUUCCAGACGGCGCUCAAUGACGUGGUGGAGGUGCACGAUGGCCCCACGGAGCACUCACGGCUGCUCAGCUCCCUCUCGGGCUCUCACUCAGGGGAAUCUUUGCCAUUGGCCACCACCAACCAGAUCCUCAUCAAGUUCAGCUCCAAGGGUCAAUCCACAGCCAAAGGCUUUCAUUUUGUCUACCAAGCCGUGCCCCGCACCAGCGCCACGCAGUGCAGCUCGGUGCCGGAGCCGCGGCACGGCCGGCGCCUGGGCAGCGACUUCGCCGUGGGCGCCCUGGUGCGCUUCGAGUGCAGCCCCGGCUACAGCCUCCGAGGCUCCCCUGCCAUCCAGUGCCUGGCCAUGCCCGGGGCCCUGGCUCAGUGGAACUCCUCUGUCCCCACCUGUGUGGUGCCCUGCGGGGGGAACCUGACGGAGAGGAAAGGAACCAUCCUGUCCCCAGGCUUCCCCGAGCCCUACCUGAACAGCCUCAACUGCGUGUGGAAGAUCACAGUGCCCGAGGGAGCAGGGAUUCAGAUCCAGGUGAUCAGUUUUGUCACAGAGCAGAACUGGGAUUCCCUGGAAGUGUUUGAUGGAGGAGACAACACAGCCACCAUGCUGGGGAGCUUCUCUGGAACCACAGUGCCUGCGCUGCUCAACAGCACUUCCAACCAGCUCUAUUUGCAUUUCUAUUCUGACAUCAGCGUCUCUGCCGCCGGCUUUCACCUGGAGUACAAAACCGUGGGCCUCUCCAGCUGCCCGGAGCCGGCGGUGCCCGGCAAUGGGCUGAAGAUCGGCGAGCGCUACCUGGUGAACGACGUGGUGUCCUUCCAGUGCGAGCCCGGCUACGCCCUGCAGGGCCACUCUCACAUCUCCUGCAUGCCGGGCACGGUGCGCCGCUGGAAUUACCCUCCACCCCUCUGCAUUGCCCAGUGUGGAGGAACAGCAGAAGAGAUGGAAGGAGUGCUCCUGAGCCCAGGAUUCCCAGGAAAUUACCCCAGCAACCUGGACUGCACGUGGAGGAUCCUGCUGCCAGUGGGGUUUGGUGCCCACAUCCAGUUCCUGAACUUCUCCACGGAGCCCAACCACGACUUUGUGGAGAUCCGGAACGGGCCCUACGACACCAGCGGCGUCAUCGGGCGCUUCAGCGGCGCCGAGCUGCCCGGCUCCCUGCUGUCCACCUCCCACGAGACCGCCGUCUACUUCCACAGCGACCACUCCCAGAACAAACCCGGCUUCAAGCUGGAGUACCAGGCCUACGAGCUGCAGGAAUGCCCCGACCCGGAGCCCUUUGCCAACGGGGUGGUGAGAGGAGCUGGCUACAACGUUGGCCAGUCCAUCUCCUUCGAGUGCCUGCCUGGCUACCAGCUCAUCGGCCACCCCGUGCUCACCUGCCAGCACGGCACCAACAGGAACUGGGACCACCCCCUGCCCAGGUGUGAAGUGCCUUGUGGGGGCAAUGUCACAGCCCAGAAUGGGACAGUUUACUCUCCUGGCUUCCCCAACCAGUACCCAAAUUCCCAGGAUUGCACCUGGCUGCUGACAGUGCCCGUGGGCUAUGGGAUCCACCUGAACUUCACCCUGCUGCAGACAGAGCCCUACAACGACUUCAUCACUGUCUGGGACGGGCCCCAGCAAACAGCCCCCCAGCUGGGGGUGUUCACAGGCAACUCAGCCAAGAAAUCUGCCCAGAGCUCCUCCAACCAGGUCCUGCUGAAAUUCCACAGCGACGGCGCCAACGGCGGCAUCUUCGCCAUCGCCUUCCACGCUUUCCAGCUUUUCCGCUGCCAGCCUCCCACCAUGGUUCCCAACGCCGAGAUCAUCACGGAAAAUGAGGAGUUCAACAUUGGUGACAUCGUCAGGUACCGGUGCCUCCCCGGCUUCACCCUGAUUGGCAACGAGAUCCUCACCUGCAAGCUGGGCACCCACCUGCAGUUUGAGGGACCCCCACCCACCUGUGAAGUGCACUGCCCCAUGAACCAGCUGAUGACGGAUUCCACCGGGGUGAUCCUGAGCCAGAGCUUCCUGGGCAGUUACCCCCACUUCCAGACCUGCUCCUGGGUGGUGAAGGUGGAGCCAGGCUACAACAUCUCCCUCACCAUCGAGUACUUCCUCAGCGAGAAGCAGUUUGAUGAGUUUGAAAUCUUUGAUGGUCCCUCGGGGCAGAGCCCCCUGCUGCUGUCCCUCAGCGGGAAUUACUCAGCCCCUCUGACCGUCACCAGCAGCGGGAGCAGCGUCUUCCUGCGCUGGUCCUCCGACCACGCCUACAACAGGAAAGGCUUCAAAAUCCGCUACUCUGCUCCCUACUGCAGCCUGCCACAGCCACCAGCCCACGGGAUGAUCCUGAGCCACUCGGGGCUGCGCCCCGGCAGCUCCGUGCGCUUCGGCUGCGACGCCGGCUACCGCCUGGUGGGACACAGCACCACCACCUGCAGCCAGCACCCCCAGGGCCACUUCCACUGGAGGGAAGCCACCCCCCUGUGCCAAGCUCUCUCCUGUGGCAUUCCCAGAGCCCCAAGGAACGGGGUUGUCUUUGGGAAGGAGUACACAGUGGGCACCAAGGCCGUGUACCAGUGCAACCAGGGCUUCCAGCUGCAGCCGGGCGCCGAGCCCAGCGCCGAGUGCCUGCAGGAGGGAGUGUGGAGCAACGGGAACCAGCCCCCUCCGUGCCUGGCUGUGACGUGCCCCGACGUGGGCAGCAUCGCGGUGGAGCACGGCCGCUGGCGCCUCACCUACGAGGUGCAGUACCACUACAACGCCCAGCUGAUGCUCAUCUGUGACCCUGGCUACUACUACACGGGCCAGAGGGUCAUCCGCUGCCAGGCCAACGGCACCUGGAGCAUCGGGCAGCCCGUGCCCACCUGUAAAAUUAUCUCCUGUGGGGACCUGCCCACCCCUCCCAACGGGAACAAGAUCGGGACCCUCACCAGCUACGGGGCCACUGCCAUCUUCUCCUGCAACACUGGCUACACCCUGGUGGGCUCCCGGGUCAGGGAGUGCAUGGCCAACGGGCUCUGGAGCGGGGCUGAGGUCAGGUGCCUGGCGGGGCACUGUGGCGUGCCCAGCCCCAUUGUGAACGGGCAGAUCAACGGGGAGAACUACAACUACCGUGGCAGCGUGGUGUACCAGUGCCAGCCCGGCUUCCGCCUCAUCGGCAUGUCCGUGCGCAUCUGCCAGCAGGACCACCGCUGGUCCGGGAAAACGCCUGUCUGUGUGCCCAUCACCUGUGGCCACCCUGGCAACCCCCCCAACGGCCUCACCCAGGGCUCCCAGUUCAACCUCAACGACGUGGCCAAAUUCCAGUGCAACCCUGGCUUCCGCCUGGAGGGAGCUUCCCAAUCCCAGUGCCUGGCCAACGGCCAGUGGAGCAGCACCCUGCCCUCCUGCCGAGUUGUGAACUGUUCUGACCCCGGGCACCUGGAGAACAGCGUCCGGCAAGUGCAGCCGAGCGGCCCCCACAGGUUCAGCUUCGGCACCACCGUGUCCUAUCAGUGCAUCCAUGGAUUUUAUCUGUUGGGAACACACGUCCUGACGUGCCAGGGCGAUGGCACGUGGGACAGAGCCCUCCCCCAGUGCCUUUUGGUGUCGUGUGGCCACCCCGGGUCCCCUCCCCACGCGCAGAUCUCGGGGGACAAGCACACGGUGGGCUCCGUGGUCAGGUACAGCUGCCUGGGCAGGCGCACGCUGGUGGGCAACGCCACGCGGAUGUGCCAGCUGGACGGGCGCUGGAGCGGCUCGCUGCCACACUGCUCGGGGGGCAGCCAGGGCGUGUGCGGCGACCCCGGGAUCCCUUCCCAUGGGAUCGGGCUGGGGGACGCCUUCGACGUGGGCAGCGUGGUGAGGUUCAGCUGCGAGCCCGGCUACUCCCUGCGCGGCUCCUCCGAGAGGAUCUGCCACGCCAACGGCUCCUGGAGCGGCACGCAGCCCGAGUGCCAAGUGAUUUCCUGCGGGAAUCCCGGGACGCCCAGCAACGCCAGGGUGAUCUUCAACGACGGCCUGGUGUUCUCCAGCUCCAUCAUCUACCAGUGCAGGGAGGGCUACUACAGCACUGGGGUGCUGAGCAGGCACUGCACCGUCAAUGGCACCUGGACUGGCACCAGCCCCGAGUGCACAGUGAUCAACUGUGGAGACCCCGGCGUGCCAGCCAACGGGCUGAGGCUGGGCAGUGACUUCACCUACAACAAAUCCGUGGUGUUCCAGUGCACUCCUGGCUUCAUGAUGGAGUCAGACAGAGCAGCUGCCCUCACCUGCACCAAAGACCGCACCUGGAACGGCACCAAACCCGUCUGCAAGGCCAUCACCUGCCGAGCUCCCCAGGCCAUUCCCAACGGGAAGGUGGUGGGAUCAGAUUUCAGCUGGGGUUCCAGCAUCAGCUAUGCCUGCCUGGAGGGUUACCAGCUGUCCCUGCCCGCCGUGCUCACCUGCGAGGGCAACGGCUCCUGGAGCGGGGAGAUCCCCCAGUGCUUCCCCGUGUUCUGUGGGGACCCGGGGACCCCGGCGCAGGGCAGGAGGGAGGACAGAGGCUUCACCUACCGCUCGUCCGUGUCCUUCUCCUGCCUGGCCCCGCUGGUGCUCGUGGGGUCGGCGCGGAGGUUCUGCCAGUCCGACGGCACCUGGAGCGGGAGCCAGCCCAGCUGCAUCGAUCCCAGCCUCACGACGUGUGCAGAUCCUGGAGUGCCUCUUUUUGGGAUGCAGAACAAUUCCCAGGGAUACCAGGUGGGAAGCAUCCUGUUCUUCAGGUGCCAGAAGGGAUAUCUCCUGCAGGGCUCCACCACCAGGACCUGCCUGCCCAACCUGACCUGGAGCGGCGUCCAGCCCGACUGCGUCCCCCACCACUGCAAGCAGCCCGAGACCCCAUCCCAUGCCAACGUGGGUGCCCUGGACCUGCCCUCCCUGGGCUACACCUUGAUCUACUCCUGCCAGAGCGGCUUCUACCUCACCGGGGGCUCCGAGCACCGCACCUGCAAAGCCGACGGCAGCUGGACAGGGAAACCCCCCAUCUGCCUGGCUGAUGUCCGGCCCAGCGGGAGGCCCGUGGGCACCGCGCGGGAGCCACCGCUCGCCAAGGCCUCAGUGCCUGCGGACGUGUUUGCGAGGAAUUCCCUGUGGAAAGGCUCCUACGAGUACCUGGGGAAGAAGCAGCCAGCCAUGCUCUCCGUCACCAGCUUCGACCCUGCCACCAGCAAGGUCAACGCCACCCUGAUCGACCACAGCGGGGUGGAGCUGCAGGUGUCAGGGAUUUACAAGAAGGAAGACGUGCACCUGCUGCUCCAGGUGUACCAGAUCAUGGGGCCACUGGAGAUCUUUGCCAACAAGUUCAGGAAUGACAAAUGGGCUCUGGAUGGACACGUCUCGUCGGAGUCCUCGAGUGGCACCUUCGUGUACCAGGGCUUCGUGCGUGGCAAAGGCUUCGGGCAGUUUGGCCUCCAGAGACUUGACAUCAGCAUGAUGGAAAAUGAUCCUGAGUCCAUAGGCCACCACUUUGCAUCCAACAGCAGCUCCGUGGCAGCCGCCAUCCUUGUGCCUUUCAUCGCCCUGAUUAUUGCAGGGUUUGUGCUUUAUCUCUACAAACACAGGAGGAGACCCAAAGUCCCGUUCAACGGCUACGCCGGCCACGAGAACACCAACGUGAGGGGCACCUUCGAGAACCCCAUGUACGACAGGAACCUGCAGCCCUCGGACAUCGUGGCUGGCGAGGCCGAGUUCACCGUGAGCACGGUGUGCACGGCCGUAUAGCGCGAUUCCCGUGGCCGGUGUCCAGUGUGGAUGACUGUCCCACCUCACCAUCCAUCCAUCCCCUCCCCCCCUCCCUGCUCCCGCCCCCGCCCAGGCUGCGGGGAAGCUGCUGCACCUCCCUGGAAUUCCCGAGGGGCUGCUGGAUCCACCUCCUCCAUCCUGCUGGAUCUCCAAGCCAAAGGUUCUGCUCCGGCCCCGCUCCCAGACCUCGGGAAGGCCUGCUGGUGGGAAGGCUUUCCCCAGCUGCUCCUGCAAGGAGCUUCCCAAACUUUGGGAAGAGCUCGGGCGACAGAGAGGUUGUGCACAAGGUGCUGGAUUCUGUGGAAAACACCUGGAUGGGACAGGAUGAGGAUUUGUGUGUCUGGGUUUGGGUUUCUGGGUUAUUUUUUGUUGCAUUUUCUACCCCAGGGCUUGAGCAGAGGAAGGGUUUUCAAAUGGGAGUUUUCCAAACCUUGGGAAGCUUUUCCCCUCUUCCCGUUUGGUUUUCCUUUGGGCAUUCCUGGCUGGAUUUACAGAGAACACCUGGAUGGGACAUCAAUCCCAGGGCUGGAACAAGGCUGGGAGGACCCCUUGGAAUCCUUGGAUCCCACCCUGCCUCCAGCUGGGCUCUCCUGGCCCAUCCCUGAUCUUUUCCAAGCUCAGUUAUCCCUAAAAACCCCAGAGCCCAACUCGAACCCCUGCCCUUCCACAUCCCCAAUUCCAGGGCCCAAAAUUCCAACAGUCCCUGGAAGCAGAGCUUGGAUCCUUCCAGGUUCUUCUCCAAAUUCCAGGGAAUCCUCCCCUGGCUGCUCCAGGUGAUGCUUCCCACACCUGGCUCCCACUCAUUCCAUGGAAAAUCCAGGAGAAACCCAUGCCCAGGAGUGCAAAAUAAAUCCAAAAUAUUUAAAACCACCCGGGCAGGGAGAAGAGAGAGCUCGACUUAAAUGGAAUUUGCUGCUUUGGAUCCAUGAAUUCCCUUUUCCUGCUGUUGCCCAGGGAGCCAAGGAAGUGGGAAAAGGGGUUUAUCCCAUUUAUUUGCAAGCUGGCUGAGAUCUGCUCCAUGCCAUUCUCCAUCCUUGUGCCCAGAGGACUUGCAUAUGGUAAAAAAAAAAAAAUAUGGGAAAAAGGGAAAAAAUGAAAAUAAAAGGGAAAAAAAUGAAGAAAAAAGGGAAAAAAUGAGAAAAAUUAUAAAAAAACACAAAAAAAAGCUCAAAUCCCUCUUUUGUACAGAGAUAUAUUUUUAUUAAUUAAAAGUUUGUACAGCUAAAAAAUAAAUAAAAAAACCAAAAUGUAAUUUUUUUUUUCAUUAUCGUAGGGAAAAACAAAAACAAGAAAAAAAAGUAGUGAGAAAAAAAAAAUCAGCUUUUUUUUGUAAAUGUAAUAAAGUGUAUAAAUGGUUUCCAUAAAAAUGUACAUAUGGAAUCUCUCCAUGCCCCUGGCUUGUCUGCAGAAUUCCCAGUUAAUUUAUCUGUCUCUGUAUAUGAGGCUUUUCCGUGUGUUCCCGGCGUUCCCUGCAGAAUUUCAAAGCUAUUUUCGAUUUUGGACUUCCAAAUAAUAAAAAAUCUCGAUUUUU